AUGGGCUAUGGAGAUAAUGGUUAUCCGAAGGCAUCUAAAGCUGGGUUACUAAAAACGAAGGCUUAUUGUGAAUUGGGCAACAGUUGGAGGCUGAGAAAUAGUGACCUCCCAGAACGCCCUAUCUUUACUCUGAAAGUGCGACGCCACUUUCUCCUUGAAGACACCUGGCACAAACUUAGUAUAUUGGAGGACUCCUACCUGAAAAAGCACCUUUUGGUUCAAUUUGAAAAUGAAAUGCCUGAUUAUGGAGAUCUAGGUUACCUGGUGGAAUUCUUUUCAGAGGUGUUUGAGAAGGUGGUACAGCCAGAAUAUGGGAUGUUUAUAUAUUGUGAAUCCACUUCCCCAAUGUGGUUCCCUCCCAAGCCUUCUGUGGAGAAGAAUAAAUAUUUCCUGUUUGGUAUUCUCUAUGGGCUUUCAAUAGCUAACAGAGUCACUGCCUACAUACCCUUCCCACUUGCUGUCUUUAAAAAGCUGCUUAACAAGAAGCCAACUCUCAGUGAUGUGAAAGAGCUAAGCCCUGUGCUAGGAAGAAAUUUGCAGACACUUCUUGAGUAUGAACAUGAUGACCUUGAAGACAUGUUUCAGCUAUGUUACUCUAUUUCCUGGGACAGCAAGGAUGUAGACUUGAUUGAAAAUGGCACUUUGACAGCUGUAAACAACACCAAUAAGAAAGACUUUGUUGACAAAUAUGUGGAUUACAUAUUCAACAAAUCAGUGGAUGAUGUUUUCAGUGAGUUCAAGAGAGGAUUUUACAAGGUCCUGGAUGAACAGCUAGUUGGCAUCUUUGAGCCUGAACAACUGAUGGAAGUGGCAAUUGGAAAUGCCAAUUAUGACUGGGAUUUGUGCGAAAAGAAUGCUGUGUAUGGGGGUAUAUACAGCCCAACGCACCCGACUAUAAAGAUGUUCUGGGAAGUUUUCCAUGAGCUGAGUUUGGAGGAUAAAAAACAUUUUCUGGUGUUUGUGGCAGGAAAUGACAGGAUCCCUGUGACAGGAAUGGAACCUUGGAAGAUUCAUCCACAUUACUUGCCCUCCGAGGAUCUUAUCCCUGCGGCUGACACCUGUUUUCAUCUUUUAUUUCUGCCAAUUUACUCAACAAAACAAAAACUGAAAGAGAAGCUUCUUCAAGCGAUCAGCCACAAUCGUGGCUUUGGCAGAUUUGUGCCCAUAGUCUGAAACAGGAACUUGAAUAAGAUGCUACCUUGGAAGCGGUAGCCUUCUUUUGACCUCAGAUGGGAGAACAAGAUUGUCACAAGGGAUUUUGGUUAGAUGACUGUUCAGCGAUUUUCUUGCUGUAUUUAUUUAGAAAUAAAGUGACAGUCUAAAUAUAUAGUACUUUGAAAGUAUGCUGUUUUGUCUACCAUGUAGUUAGAUUGAGGUAAUAUGUUACACACACACACACACACACACACCCAUCUAUCCAUCCAGAUAGAUACUGAAUUGAUUCAAACCUGACUACAGAUAAUUACCUUCUGACAUCUUGAAUACUGAUGGGAUAUUGAAGUAAAAAGUUAAAAUUUGAUUGAAAAUGUCCAUCUUGUCAUUCAGAUUAUAAGAUGUUGGACAAAUUGUUGCUGAAUUUCUGUUAAUAUGGUGGGAUCUGGGAGUGAGUUGAGGGGAGGAGCGAAAAAACUGUCUAGUUUUGAGUUGCUUGUUAGAAGGAAGCAGCUGAGAAGAGAUCAUCCCCCAAAGUUCAGUGUUUGUAUAGUAGAUAGUGCAUUUAUAACCCCAUUUAUUUGUACCUAUUUCCUGUAUUCAUACUCAUGUUUAUUCUUAUACCUAUUAUCUUGCAAGUGAUUGAUAAAUCAAACAAACAAACAAAUAAAUAGAUAGAUACAUAAAUUUGUCUGAUGAGAUACCUGUCUUUAGGUGAGCAGCAAUAAACAUGUAAU